UACAAAACAAGUGGUGACAAGACUAUAUUAUUUUAUCAAAUACCUAAUAAAAAUAAGUAAAAAAAAGUGAUUAAAAUUUGACAGUGUAAAAAGUAAGGAAUAACUCGGGAAGAAUAUUUUAAGACGGGGGAGUAUUAGAAUAACUUCCUAAAUUUAGAUCUUCUACCCCCAUUUGGAAGCCAGAAACGCACGAAUCGAAAGAAAAAAAGAGAGAGAAGAUAUACGGAGUGCAUUCCGCCGGGAGAAGAAGCAAGAACAGCCGCGGAAGGGGGAGAGAACAGGGAGCCGAGCCCUGUUCAACGUUGCCAGCUUUUUGAGCACAAAUAUACGAAGAAGAUGGUUGGAAAUCACUCACUCUUGGGUGUCACAGAGGCUCAAUAUCAAUUUUUAACCCAGCAAUAUCCUCGUGUGGAGAAAUUCCAUGAGAAAUUGGCUAAAAAACAUGCUGCUCUUACAACUAUUCCUAAGAAACUAAUACAUAGGCAUGUCCUUGGAACACCCCUUCUUGAGGUAUUGUGUGUGAAAAUUGUCAACGAUGAUGGGUCUGCCGGAGCUUAUCAAGUGUAUGGUACAAUCGUUCUGAUUGAUGGAGAAGGUGCUGCGUUUAAUCUCUAUGAUCGCGGGGAGGCAGAUGCUGAGACUGUGACUGUGGGUGGUUCCUUGACCCUCGUCAUGCCAAAGGGACGUGCUAUGUGUGCAUCUGGUCGGAUCUACUUGCAGAUCCAACUUAAGGAUGCAACUCAGAGAGCUGUGUUUGCCAAUGGUCUUCACUCUUGGGAUUACGAUAGCAAGGAUGACUAUGAUGUGGUCCAAACCAAGAAAUUCGGAUCUGCCGUCAUGGAAUGCAUCACAUAUCGUCAUGCAGACAUUGCCACUAUUGACAUCAUUUUCGUCAGAGGAACUUCAGGGAGGGAUGAUGGUGAUUUUAGAGGAAGGAUUGCGAAUGGUGGUACUGUAGAAGAGGCUGAUGUCUACGGAGAAGUCAUCGCUCAUUGUUGCAGGAAUUACUCGAUCACUCUUUUCAAGAGAACUGAAAAUGAGUCUGUGAGACUGAGGCUUGGGAGCACGAUCGAAUUGCUGAGACAUGUCGUAGUAGUACCAUCGUGCUCCUCACUUGUAGUUGUUCCAAACUUACGGUAUCUUGAUACCAAGGAAAAUAUUGUUUCUAAAAUUGUGAUGUUUGAUGCCAUACAUGAUAGCUUUGGCUUGGGGGUGCAGAGGGAUGUUGAUGGAGAAAAUGACCAUAUUUGUGUCGAGGUAGAUUGGAGUCAUGCUUAUAUGCAGCCUCAACUGAAAAGAAAGCUGAAAGACACAACCAUAUCAGACUCCGAAGUGCGAAAAAGGGCUCAUUUGGCUUCUCCUGAACAAGAUGUUGCGGACUUGAAUGGUAAUAGGGGCCCACACGCACUCCCUGUACCAGAAUAUUAUGAUGAUGCAAUGGUGGAGGUGUUCUCUGUUACAAUUGGGAGUGCAUUUGAUGAGGAACCUUUUGAGAAUGUGCAUGGAACCAUCAAAUUCAGAAACAAUGAGCGGGUGGAAGAAUUUAUUUUCAACAAGGGUUUGGAAAAUGGGACAAGGGUACUCUCAAACCAACACCUUGAGCUAAUGACACCUAAACGGAGGCUUUUUGGUUCGGAUGUUGUGUUUGAUGUGGACCUGGAAGAUGGAGAUGGUCGUGUAAUCAGUCAUGGGCAUGUGUUUUGGACUGAAGUUACAACUCAGCAGCCCAUCGACUGGUAUGGCAAGCACUUGUGCUCAAUCGUCAGGGGCAACAUUGGGUAUGCAGCGCUCCACUAUAUGCUCAUUCCCAAUGGGGUCCUUGCAACAGUGAGGGUUUGCAUCAAGAGAGGAGGAAGAAACAACCACACCAUCACCCCUCCCCCCUCUGAUAAUGUUCGUGGGAGUAUAUUUGCAGAGUACAGCGAGUGUAAGUAUGCAACCUGGUAUGACAAAGAGCACUACAGGCACAGACUCUUUCAAAGCGAAGUAGACAUGACAAUGCCUUGUUCGGGCCUCUUCGAAGUAGCACUGAAAAAAUCUGCUGUGGUGGUGCCGCGCACUUCUGCUUUGAUAAUUGAUCUGGAUUUGACAUUGGAGGGAACGGGCAGCCCCUCGUCUUUUAGGGGCAGGCUGACGUUCAGUAUUGAAAUGGACCGCGGAAGGGAGCUGAGCAUCAAAGGAAGUUGUGGGAAUGCUAUUGCUGAAGUGAGUGUGCUGUGGAGCGAAGUUAGUCGGGAGAUUUCCACGCCUAAGCAUGGGGACGGCGUGGGGUUCGAUUUAGACUCGGCUCUGGAAAGAUCAAGGGACCAAUUUUUUGCGUUUAGUCUAUACGAUGAUGACUCAGAUUCGGAUCUGUGGUGCAGUCAAUAUUUGGGUAGUCCGGUAACUAUGCAAGUUCUGUCUGAGGGCAUUUAACAAAAAUUUCCCACAUAGUUGAUGCCAUACCCCAAUGUGGGUGGGGCUAGAGGGUCUGUCGGUUCACUUGAGAAUGAUGUUUGGUCCAAAAAAAGGUGGAAUUGCCCACCCCAGGCGCCCCCACCCCCUUGCCCGACAGGAAUGGUGGAGGAUGUAAAUCAUGGUGACUCAGUCGGCCAAGAACGCUAGACCCGUGCCCACCGCGCACAAGGAGCCUCCUCACCCUUUAUGGGAUUUUUGGAUAGCUCCCACACUGCCGCUUGCGGGACUCGAUCCCUGGUCAUCGGUCCAAGAUUUCACGCUCUUGACCAACUGAGCUACCCAUGUGGGCAUGAUGUUGGUUUCGGUUUUUUGGACCGAGAAUGAUGUUUGGUUUAAUCCCCGCAAUUAAUAGUCAUGAUGUUA